AAUCGCGAGAGUGCUUGAUUGCGAGUAGUUCAGGAGCGACGCUUGUUACUUCCAAAAGGCUUCGUUUUUGUUCGUUUUUGAAAAAAAAACACACACAGCAAACUACCAUAAACCACUAGAUUUUGUUGGCAGGUCCCCCUGUUGCGAACUUUUUCAGCUUUUUGACUCCGCUUUACGUGGCAUUAGCAAACACACAUUGAAGACAAUCGGCAAUAUCAUGUCUUCGCGCGCCGUGCAUUUCUGGAUGGUGGCCGCCGCAGUCUCCUUGAAGCUGCGCAAAGACGCCCCCGGAGCUGUCCGUGGAGGUGAAGUUGCACACGGACCAGGCGACAGUAGCGGUAUGACCCCGGUGAGGUCGCCGGAUGUGACCUAUGCUCCGUCUGCGGUUGGCGCUGGUACCUACUCUGAGGCCGGAUCCGUCGCUGCAAGCUCUGCGGAUCGGGCCGCCAGCAUGAUCAGUUCGCUGAUGGCCAACUCGGGGGCAGCCGGGUCUUCUACGCCGGAAGCGUCCGUUGCAGGGUCGGCUGGCGACGCUGCGAACGACGACCGGAUCAAGGACAUUGAACGGGACCUGAUUGCUGGCGCAGAUAUCACAGACAAAAAUGCCUGCCGGAACAACAGGUUGUCAUGUAAAAAAUCAACAAAAGAUUCCAAAUCAUGCAUUCGCUCCACCGACCACACUUUACUCUGCAGCACCGAACGUAUUGCAUGAAAGAUUGUGAACUGUGGUGGCACUUUUGCCUGUGAUAUUGCAGGCCUUCGACAAAUCCGCUAGCGUCGGAGAAACACCGGAGCAGCGGGAGUUGCACAAUGCGGUGAAAGCGGCUCUGGUCAGCUCGCCGACGAAGCUCGGGUCCUAUCCGGUUGCAGGUGCGAGUGCGGGCGCAGCUUCCUUUCUUGGCGUAGUGCACGGCAAGUUGUCCCUAACCAAAAUGGCUAGCAUCGCAACCAGCGUGGCCAAAGCUGCAGAAGCCCACGUCGUGUCGGGAAGAGCCAAUGCGCAGUGCGACCAGUGUAUCAUCGGAAGAAAAAAAUGUUGUCUUGAAACGGGAAGGAAUGUAUGCUGCGUUGCUGGGUUCGCGACCCAGAAGUGCAUUCUUUUUCUUCGCGAAACGAAACAAAUGGUGAAAAAUAAAGGGCUGUUAGUACUUACCAUAACGAAGUUUCCAUAGGUGCAUGGCAAAACCAAAAUAUCCAUAGAUGCAUGGCAAAAAAUGCUGUUUCAAAAUACAACAAAUUUUUUUCAACCCGAUACCGUCCUGCCAGCCGAACUUCAGCACGUGUCCGCAAGGGUGGGAAUCUCGCCGGGACGGCUCCUGCACGCACCCUUCCAGCUACACGGGCUAUUGCAACAAGCCGCUGCGCCCGGCAGACUUCGCUGCCGCGGCGCUUGAGGAGUUUGAGGUCUACUGCAGCGCGUGCUUUCCCUGCUCAGCUUGAAGAAUCCCUUGUGCCAGUUGUAUUCCUUUAAGUUAUUGUGCUGCCACUGGCUAUUUUUUUUUUGACUUGCUAAUAUCGGUUUUUGCCGGCUUGCUGAGCUACGAUCCUCUCUUGUAAAAAAAACUGUGGUCCGUUACUUUCUUCCAGUCUAACCCGUUUCGAAAUGUUCUACUGCUGAUGGCGUUCGGUCUACUUCCCGGAUGGUGACGCUUUCAGGAUAAUGGUCUAUGUUUCAAUAGAAGGAUUGCAAAUGAACGUUAUUUUACCGCUAGUACACAUUGCUUCUACGAAACAAUAAAGGAGCUUUCUUUUAAGUAUUUGAUGUAUUUAUCCCGUGCUCUUCCUGAAGAGUUUCGCACUCCCUCCC